CAUAACAAUGCUGUGCACCAUUCUGUAGUUCUUCAAUUAACAAGAUGGCGGACGCCGAGGAACCCGAAAACGUGGAGACCACUCCAGCCAACGAUAUCGUUGUAACAAAAUAUAAAAUGGCUGGAGAUAUGGUUAACGGCAUACUUAAAGAAUUAAUAGCUAAAUGCAAAGAUGGUGUGACUGUUCUUGAGCUUUGCGAGUUUGGCGAUAGCCGGCUCAAUGAGGAAACUUCUAAAGUAUUUAAAAAGGAUAAGGAGAUGAAGAAAGGUAUUGCUUUCCCAACAUGUGUUUCUUUGAACAACUGCAUUUGUCAUUUCUCUCCUCUUAAAUCUGAUCCACCAGUUGUCAUUAAAGAUGGCGAUGUUGUAAAAAUUGAUCUAGGUGCACAUGUAGAUGGUUAUAUUGCUGUUGCUGCCCAUACAGUAGUUGUUGGAGCAACAAAGGACAACCCUGUAACAGGCAGGAAAGCUGAUGUUAUUGUAGCUGCUCAAAAGGCUUUGGAGGUUGCACUUCGCCUUGUUAAGCCCGGCAAUACAAACUAUUCAGCAACAGAUGGGGUACAGAAAGUUACAGAAAACUACAAGUGCAAACCAAUAGAAGGUAUGCUGUCACACCAGCUUAAACGUCAUAUUAUUGAUGGCGAGAAGGCAUUUAUUCAAAACCCAUCAGAGGCCCAAAGGAAAGAACAUGAAUCCUGUGACUUUGAAGUUCAUGAAGUCUAUGCGAUUGAUAUUCUUAUUAGCUCUGGUGAUGGAAAGGGCCGUGAACUUGAUACAAGAACUACUGUUUACAAAAAGAAAGACAUUAUCUACCAGUUAAAGAUGAAAGCUUCCAGACAAUUUUUAAGUGAAACAGACAAGAAAUUUGGACUGAUGCCAUUUACCCUAAGGGCACACGAAGAUGAGAAAAAGGCAAAAAUGGGAGUUUUAGAAUGUGUGAAGCAUGACCUUAUCCAACCUUUUAACGUUCUAUAUGAGAGAGAGGGUGAAUUUGUUGCUCAGUACAAGCAAACAAUUAUUCUUAUGCCAAAUGGCCCACUGAAGAUCACAGGUCUUCCAUUAGAGGAAGGACUGUACAAAACUGAAUACACAGUCACAAAUGCAGAGUCUGUGGCAGUCCUCAGCACAUCUAUAUCAAAGAAAGCUGCCAAGAAGAAGAAGAAGAAAGCAGGCAAGUCUAUGGCAGAGAGCACAGAGAAUGCAGUAGAAGCAGAGGAAGAGGAUUGAGCAAUCACCUCCUUCAUUUUUUUGUUUUGCAUAGUGUCCUGGUUAAGAUGGAUAGUGAAUGUUUUGAAGACAGCCUCGGUGACUGUUGGUUGCAAGGGUGCCUUUGCAUAUUUUCUGUGACAUCUGUUAUUAGAAAGGUUUAUAGUAUCAAAAUAAAUAUUUUGCAACAUCA